UCACCUCAAUAAAUCCAUCCAUAAUCAUAUCCAAGUUCAAUUCGACAACAAACCCUGCACGCAUCCUCUACCUUCCGCCUGCCGCAAUGGCCAACGCAAGAACCACGACGCCGUCUCCUUCGACUUCUUCUUCAUCAUCCUCCUACUCCUCCUCCGCCUCCGACCAGGACAUCCUCCGCUCCCUGCGCCGCCUGGCGCGGGACCUGGCCGCCGCCGACCCGCCGGCGCCGUUCCUCCGCGCGGUCUUCGCGUCCGUGUCCCGCCGCGCGCGGCUCCUCCUCGCCGUCUUCGACGACCUCCUGCUCCUGGGCGGCGCGCUCCCGCGGUCGGCCUCGCUGUGCCUCCGCGAGGUGCUCCUCGUGCUGCAGCGGUUCAAGGCCGUGGUGGCCGACUGCGCGGCCCGCAGCCGCAUGCGCCUGCUUCUGCAGUCCGACGAGGUCGCCGCCCGCGUGCGCGAGCUGCAGCACGACCUCGCCACGCUCCUCGACAUCCUCCCCGUCGCCGACCUCGGCCUCGCCGACGACGUCGCCGACCUCCUCGCGCUCGCGUCCCGCCAGUGCCGGCGCCCCGCGCCAGAGGCGGCGGUGGAGAGGGAGCUCAAGGCCGGUGUGCUAGCGCUUAUCCAGGAGGUGGAACGCGAGAUCGUUCCUGGGAGGGAGAGGUUGGAGGCCAUCCUCGAGGAGGUGGCCAUCAACGACCCCGCCGGAUGCAGCGAGGAGAUCGAGACCUUGGAGCGGGAGAUCGGGGAGCGCGUCGCCGAGCGCUGGACCUCCGCCAUGAUCGCCCUCGUCGGUCUGCUCCGUUACGCCAAGUGCGUCCUCUUCAGCGCCGCCACGCCGCGGCCGCUCGACUCCAAGGUGGAUGUGGAUCUUGACUCCGACGACGCCGCCGAGCCUCCGGCGCCCCCGCAGGACUUCCGCUGCCCCAUCUCGCUCGACCUGAUGCGCGACCCGGUGGUGUCCUCCAGCGGGCAAACCUACGACCGCGAGUCCAUCACGCGGUGGUUCGGGGCCGGCAAGUCCACCUGCCCCAAAACCGGCCAAGUCCUCACCAACCUUUCGCUCGUCCCCAACAAGGCCCUCAAGAACCUGAUCUCCCGGUGGUGCCGCGAGAACGCCGUCCCCAUGGAAGUCAACGGCGAGACCGGCAAGCCCGGCAAACCCGAGCCGGCGCCACCGGUGGCGUCGAACAAGGCCGCCGUCGAGGCGGCGCGCAUGACGGCGUCGUUCCUGGUGAAGAAGCUCUCCGCAUCCUUCUCCCCGGGGUCCGACAACCGCGUGGUGCACGAGCUCCGGCAGCUGGCCAAGUCCGGCGGCUCCGGCAGCCGCGCCUUCAUCGGGGAGGCCGGCGCCGUCCCGCUCCUGGUCCCGCUGCUCACCUCCAACGACGCCGCGCUGCAGCUCAACGCGGUCACGGCGGUGCUGAACCUGUCCAUCCUGGAGGCCAACAAGAAGCGCAUCAUGCACGCGGACGGCGCCGUCGCGGCGCUCUGCGAGGUGAUGGGUUCCGGCGCCACCUGGCGCGCCAAGGAGAACGCGGCCGCCACCGUGCUGAGCCUGGCGGCGGUGCACACGUACCGCCGCCGGCUGGGCCGGAACCCGCGGGUGGUGGAGGAGGUGGUGCAGCUCGUGCGCACCGGCCCGGCCAGCACGAAGAAGGACGCGCUCGCCGCGCUGCUGUGCCUGUCGGCGGAGCGGGAGAACGUGGGGAGGCUUGUCGGCGCGGGCGCCGCCGAGGCGGCGCUGUCGGCGGUCGGCGAGGAGGAGAGCGCAACGGCCGUUCUGGCGUCGCUCGCGAAGAGAGGAGGCGCCGACGCGAUCGUGAAGAUCGACGGCGCCGUGGCCAGGCUCGUCGCCGAGAUGCGGCGCGGGACCGAGUGGUCGCGGGAGUGCGCGGCGGCGGCGCUGGUGCUGCUGUGCCGGCGCGCGGGGGCCGCCGCGGUGACGCAGGUGCUGGCGGUGUCCGGGGUGGAGUGGGCCAUCUGGGAGCUGAUGGGCUCCGGCUCCGAGCGCGCGCGGCGGAAGGCGGCGUCGCUCGGCAGGGCUUGCCGGCGCUUCGCGGCCGCCAACGUGGUGCAGGACAGGGAAUGCCUCACCUCCACCACCGUGUCGCCGCGGGCCGUGGCGGCGGCGUGAAUUCGGUUCCGCUACACUGAUGAUCCGUAGGAGUAACUCAAAAUCCCCCAAAAAAACAGGGUAGAAAUUCCUUCCUUGUAAAAAAUUUGUUGAUUGGCUUGUAGUUGUAGGCUGCCACGAUUCUUUAUUAUCCCAAAUGGGACACAAUACACAGAGUAAUUUGAUCAA